CUAGUGAGUAUAGCUAAUAGCGUAGUCAUUACCCAGCUCACUAGUUGAGUUAAACGUGCUAUUAGCAAACGAACGGUUAUCACUAUCAGUUAGUUGUACGAGUAUAUUGAUAAAUUCUGGCAGUUGCCUUACAAACGACGACGACGUUUUCUUCGCAUCUUUUUUAUUCAUUCGAACAUCUUCGCACAGCUGGAUUAGCAUGUUAUUUACCAGUCGUAAUUAUCAUCCAAGCGUAUCCAUUCUACGAGUAUCGAUUCAUUUUUGUACAUCGUUCCAAAAUAAUCCGUCGUAAAGCCGAAAACUAAAAUAACUGAUUAUGUUGGAAAUUUCAUCGAGAUCACUGACGCUGCUAAUAUUGCUUUCACUAAACGUUGCAUUUCUGAAAGGGCAAUUCCAAUACCUAACGACAACGACGGCCGAUCCCUUGCAGCCUUUAUUGAACGAAAUUUUCAACAUAUCGUGGGAAGGCGAUACACCCAACAGCAAUAAUCGUACCAGUUUCCCGAAUCCAACCACAGCGAGCACUUGUAACUGCGUUCCUAUCAAUCAAUGCCAUCAAUAUAAUAAUUCGGUUCUAAAUUCCGGAGAAGGACUCAUCGAUAUAAAAAUAGGGCUCUGUCCUCAAUCUUUGGACAUAUGUUGCGAUCAGAAAAUCACGUCGACGAAUACGAGACCACCGCCUCCUUAUGUCAGGAACGUGAAAUGCGGCUACCGAAACGAAGACGGAGUCGGAUUCAAAAUAACAGCCGGUAAUUCCGAAGCUCAGUUCGGUGAAUUUCCGUGGAUGGUGGCUGUGUUGAAAGUAAAAUCGCAAAAUGGCCGAGACGUGACUCAAUAUCACUGCGGAGGAUCUUUGAUACACCCGAAAGUAGUACUGACAGCGGCUCAUUGCGUAAUUUCAUACGAAAAACAACCGAACAAGGUGAUCAUCCGAGCUGGAGAGUGGGAUUCGCUGAGCGAAGCAGAAAUUCUGCCUUUUCAAGAACGAGUUGCUCAAAAAAUCAUUGUUCAUAGAGAUUUCAAGUCGGGUACGUUGUUCAACGAUGUCGCAUUGGUUAUUUUGAAAGAAAAUUUCGAUUUCAACGAGAACGUCGAUAUCGUAUGCUUACCUAAUCAGAAUGAAAACGUCGACUUUCAAAAUUGCGUUGCCAGUGGUUGGGGAAAAGAUCAAUUCGGUGAAACAGGAGUUUACCAGAAUAUUUUGAAAAGAGUCGAUCUGCCUGUAGUUCCUUACGAAGAAUGUCUCAAUAGACUCAGACAAACUCGUUUAGGACCGAAGUUUGUUCUACACGAGAGUUUUCUAUGUGCCGGUGGUAUUCCCAAACAGGAUACAUGCAAAGGUGAUGGCGGAAGUCCACUCGUAUGUCCGAUACCAGGAAACAAAGACCAUUAUCAACAAGUCGGAAUAGUCUCAUGGGGAAUCGGUUGCGGUAAUAAUGUGCCCGGAAUAUACGUCAGUAUACCUCAUCUCAGAUCUUGGAUCGACGAACAAUUCAUCGAUAAUAAUUUGCCGUUGAUGUAUCAUAAUGAAAAAUACGACUAAGAUUGGACAAGAAAAUCGCAACGCCGACGACGUUUACAUUUUUUUUUUAAAAACCAAAUUGACGCGAUGCUAAUACUCGUAUUACCAUUAUUACUUGUUUUUUCAUAAAUAUCAUUGUUUACCCUAGUUUUGAAAUUUUGUACCUCAACUUGAAAAUUUUAUCAUCAUGUUAUAUAUACUACCAGUACCUAUGUCUGA